AUGGCGGACCCAGAAUCCCCAAAUCCACCAUCCAUACCCCCGUCCCCGCCAGACUCGCCGGGCGCGAUAGAGUAUGUGAAAAAGGCAUCUGAGCGUAUCGCCGCCCAGAAGGCCCUCGAGGAGCAGCGGUACAUAUUCAUCUACCCGGAACUAGGUCAGGUCGACAUUGAGGAUUUGAGGCCGCCAGACGUCGAGCUCGACGGCUACUACGUCUUCGAGAUCCCCGCACCCUACUCGGACCACGAGGACCGCUGGGAUCUGUACAUCAGCAAGGACGCGACCGAGGUCUGGGCCGAGAACCCAAACGUCGCUCCGGCCGGCAGGGCCGCGGGCGCCGGCAGCCGCCUCGGCGCCAUCGACCUGGUGGUGGGGCGGGGCGACUGGUUCGCCAGGAGAUCCGGGCACAUCAAGGUGGCCUACCCGAAGAGACGGGACCCUCCCACGACCGUGGACUGCUCCGGGCCCCGCCAGCGCGUGCCAGACGAGGUGAGGCAGCGGUUCUACGAGGAGGCCGGGGAGGAGGACAAGACCGAGGGGAAGGAUGAGUAG